AUAUUUGCGGAAUUGUCUCGAUAAAUUGCUGAUGUCAGCCACGUUAUGCUGUUAAUCUGAAGCCGAAAUGUCAGAUAGAAGUAUUUGAUUUGGGUUAGAAAUAGCCGAGAGCCGCGAUGCGGUCUUAUACGGUCAAGACAUGUCAAACUCAAAGUGCAUGUUACGGUUUGUGACUAGUCUUUGGGAUUUUUCCAAAGCCUCUUACAAACUGAUAUAACAUCCUACAUUUUUAUGAUUUCACAUCUGGACACGUUGUGUCAUGGGACAUAUUGCAAGGAUGAUGUACGAUGGAUGAGAGCUGCUGAAAAGAGUGGUAUUGAAUAAAACAUAGUAAAACAAUGAGAUCAAAACAUCUGUCCGUCAUUCACCGCUGUAGGAGUCUCAGUAGUGUCCCAGCCAAUGGGGAUCAGUCUUUCAAACUGACGCAUCUAAAAGCAGCAAAUAUUGAUGAAGAGGAACACAAAUAUGAAAGGAGAGCUGCAUUGUAUGUCCAUUGGCCUUAUUGCAAGAGACGAUGUACAUACUGCAACUUCAACAAAUAUAUCAAUCGCAAUGUCGAGGAGGUGAGAAUGAGAGACAAUCUUGUGAGGGAGACCAAAAAUCUCAUCAAGCUCAGCGGUGUGUCCGCCAUUUCAUCCAUCUUCUUUGGAGGAGGAACCCCCAGUUUAGUUAGUGCAGAUACCAUUGCAAGUAUCAUUAACCAAGUCAAAGCUCAGGUAACGCUGCCCAAAUCAGGGGAGAUCACUCUUGAGGCCAAUCCAACAUCUCUCGAGACAAGUCGCUUGAGAGAAUUCCGUGAUGCAGGUGUAAAUCGCCUGUCUAUUGGAGUACAGUCACUGAGGCAAGAUGAUCUGUCCAUCCUGGGAAGGGACCACACUGUGGAGGAGGCUGUAAGGUGUAUCUCCGAGGCAAGGGCAUUGUUUCCUGACCGUGUGUCUGUAGAUGUCAUGUUUGGUCGUCCAGGACAGACUGUUCAGGCUUGGAUAGCUGAGCUCCAACAGGUGAUAAAGCUGUGUGACAAGCAUCUGUCACUGUAUCAGCUGACCCUGGAGAGAGGAACCCAGCUGUUUAAGGAUGUCAGUAAACACAGACUGCGGAUGCCGUCACCAGAUGACGUGGCGACCAUGUACAAGGCUGCUGUCCAGAUACUCUUCUAUCAUGAAUACAAGAGAUAUGAAGUGUCAAACUUUGCAAAACAGGAAGCAUACAGCACCCACAACCUGACAUAUUGGACAGGCAUGCCAUAUAUAGGCGUGGGGCCAGGUGCCCAUGGUCGGUUCAACGUGGCAGGUGCCAGACAGGCUCGAAUACAGACCCUUGAGCCAGACAUCUGGAUGAGGGAGGUUGAGGCUUUUGGGCACGCCACACGCAAGAUAGUCCCACAGACACUUCUUGACCAUCUGGAGGAGAUACUGGCUGUAGGACUGAGGACUUGCUGGGGGAUAUCACAUGACCAGUGGGGGCAGGUUUCUCCUCUUGGUCUCCAGGACAUCUUCCAUCACUCAGAGACCAUCCAGACAUACCGGGACCACGGCUUGCUGCAGCUCGAUACAAGAGGACUGCGAGCUUCAGAAAGUGGGCUAGAUGUGUUGGAUACUAUGAUACCGUCACUGUUGUUAGAGCUGGACUUGGCCUACAAAACUAAUGUGACAUGACAAGCUCUGAGCUGGAUUCAGACAGGAUACCUAAUGUGAAAUAACAGGCCACAAGACCAUCACUGUUGUUAGAGCUGGACUUGGCCUACAAAUAUGACAUGACAUGACAAGCUCUGAGACCAUCACUGUUGUUAGAGCUGAACGUGGCCUACAAAUGUGACAUGACAUGACAAGCUCUGAGACCAUCACUGUUGUUAGAGCUGGACUUGGCCUACAAAUGUGACAUGACAUGACAAGCUCUGAGACCAUCACUGUUGUUAGAGCUGGACGUGGUCUACAAAUGUGACAUGACAUGACAAGCUCUGAGACCAUCACUGUUGUUAGAGCUGGACGUGGUCUACAAAUGUGACAUGACAUGACAAGCUCUGAGACCAUCACUGUUGUUAGAGCUGGACGUGGUCUACAAAUGUGACAUGACAUGACAAGCUCUGAGACCAUCACUGUUGUUAGAGCUGGACGUGGUCUACAAAUGUGACAUGACAUGACAAGCUCUGAGACCAUCACUGUUGUUAUGGCUAGACGUGGCCUACAAAUGUGACCUGACAUGACAAGCUCAGAGACCAUCACUGUUGUUAGGGCUGGACGUGGCCUACAAAUGUGACAUGACAUGACAAGCUCUGAGACCAUCACUGUUGUUAGGGCUGGACGUGGCCUACAAAUGUGACAUGACAUGACAAGCUCUGAGACCAUCACUGUUGUUAGAGCUGGACGUGGUCUACAAAUGUGACAUGACAUGACAAGCUCUGAGACCAUCACUGUUGUUAGAGCUGGACGUGGUCUACAAAUGUGACAUGACAUGACAAGCUCUGAGACCAUCACUGUUGUUAGAGCUGAACGUGGCCUACAAAUGUGACAUGACAUGACAAGCUCUGAGACCAUCACUGUUGUUAGAGCUGAACGUGGCCUGCUACACAA